AGAAGAAGAAAGAGCGUUAUGCAAAAUGUGGUAAAAAGUACUGAAUCGUCCAUAUCACCAGAGAAUAGCUAACAUAACCCAACAAGACGAGGCCUAAAUGGAUCUAACCGAGCAGAUCAACCAGUUGGAGGCAGACUUGCAGGAGCUGGGGUCCCUCUUGGAGAAGGCAGAGAGGAAGAGAGUGCAGGAGCUGUUAAAGCAGGAGCAGAAGAAGGUGGAGAAAGAGAUUGCAGUCAAACGACAGCAGAAGGAGCAACAGGCCAGGAGAGAGGCAGACCCAUCCGCAGCCUCCAAGGCAACAUACACAGUCAAGAUCACAAACUAUGCAUGGGACCAGUCAGAGAAAUUUGUCAAAAUUUACCUCACAUUGAAAGAUGUGAACAAGAUUCCAUCUGAAAAUGUAGAGGUCAACUUUACAGAAAAUUCAUUCUCUGUGCUUGUGAAGGAUCUAGGUGGGAAAAAUCAUCAGAUGACAGUUCUCAAUCUGUUAUAUCCAAUCGAUGAGAAGGACAGCUAUAAAAAGAUAAAAACUGACAUGGUCCUGAUCAUGUGCAAGAAGCAGGCAACAAAGAAGUGGGAGUGUCUAACGAAGGUUGAAAAGCAGGCAAAAGACAAAGAUAAGCCCGCCGUCGAAGAGAAUGCCGACCCCAGCGAUGGCCUGAUGAGCAUGCUGAAGAAGAUCUACUCAGAGGGGGACGACGAGAUGAAGAGAACCAUCAACAAAGCCUGGUCGGAGUCCCAAGAAAAGAAAGUUAGAGGAGGAGACAUGAUGGAUUUGUGAACUGCAAUCACACCUUUUCCACUGCAGGACCAAGAGAGAGCUGCCAGGACCACUUUCAGCUGAAAUGACUUUAGGAUUGAAUGUUAUGGCUUGAAUUGUAUGUCCAAUACAUAAAUCUAGAAAUGAGAUAUGCAUCUCAUAAAUAUGGAAAUUGCUUUAGGAAAAAUCAUAAACAGAAAUAAUAGACCUCUCCGAUAGAUGGCAAACCUAAACACCAAGAAAUGAUCAUCACUGCUUUGUUUUUUGUAAAGCCAGAUUAAAAGGGUAAAGGAUAAAUAAAGUUUGAGGUUUAGAUUGGACCAAGUUAAUUGAAAAAAAUGUUUGACAUGUUCUGUCAAGUCACUUCUUUUUAAUGUGCAGAAAUCAGAGCAGCUAAACUGAACUUAUAUUUCAGAUGUUGCACAAAAAGUGUAGAUUUGCCAAAGUCAUGCUUAUAUUCCUUAAAUGAAGACAACCAGGAGGCUCUUCUUAACUGUUUUCAAGUUUUCACAUUGUCCUUUUUAUUUUUUUGUCAUUCUUUAAAUGGAUCAAACUACAGUACUGCUCAUGCAUCUAUCUAGUGUAAUAGUUUACAUCAAUGCAUGGGUCUGUUUGAAAUUGAGUGCUCAUACCUGUUGCAUAGUGUGAUGCUCUGAAACAUAUUCUCUAAUUCCUUAAUGUGACUUGCAUUUUUAUAUUGUUGGACUUUCUUCAGUUAUACUGUCUACUUAUGGUAGCCCUAUUAAAAUUGGGAUUUUCCUUCCAACAUUUGUCAAUAUGUAAAAAUGUAUGUUCUACUCUAGUUGAUUUUUUUUUUUAUUUUGAUGUUUGUCAUCACCUUACAUGUGGUGUUGCCAGCCCUCUGGUUGUUCAUGCAGUUCUCUCAAAUACAGCUCUUGAACUGA